CCUCCUCCCGCCCCGUGGUUGCCCUGGCAACGGAAGGGAGCCGGCGACCUGGGUUCCGGAAGCCGGAGAGCUAGAGCUUGGAAGCUACCCUGGUCCAAGGAUGCUGAGUCCGGAUCGCCUAGCCCUACCGGACUACGAGUAUCUGGCCCAGCGACACGUCCUCACGUACAUGGAGGAUGCAGUGUGCCAGCUGCUAGAGAAUAAGGAAGAUAUUAGCCAAUACGGCGUGGCCAGGUUCUUCACCGAAUAUUUUAACAGUGUAUGUCAGGGAACUCACAUUCUCUUUCGGGAAUUCAGCUUCAUCCAAGCCACCCCUCACAAUAGGGCAUCAUUCUUACGGGCCUUCUGGAAAUGCUUCCGAACUGUGGGCAAAAAUGGCGAUCUGCUGACCAUGAGAGAGUAUCACUGCUUGCUGCAAUUGCUGUGUCCGGAUUUCCCGCUGGAGCUCACUCAGAAAGCAGCCAGGAUUGUGCUCAUGGAUGACGCCAUGGACUGCUUGAUGUCUUUUUCAGAUUUCCUUCUUGCCUUCCAGAUCCAGUUUUACUACUCAGAGUUCCUGGAGAGUGUGGCUGCCAUCUAUCAGGACCUGCUGGCGGGCAAGAACCCCAACACGGUGAUUGUGCCGACGUCAUCGAGCGGGCAGCACCGCCAGCGGCCUCCCCUGGGCGAGGCUAGCGUGCUGGAGGGAGUGGAGGCCUCGCUGUUCUCCCAGUGCCUGGAGAACCUGUGCGACCGGCACAAAUACAGCUGUCCACCCCCAGCGCUUGUCAAAGAGGUACUAAGCAACGUCCAGAGGCUGACCUUCUAUGGAUUCCUUGUGGCUCUUUCAAAGCAUCAUGGGAUCAACCAAGCCCUAGGAGCUUUGCCUGACAAAGGGGACCUGAUGCACGACCCAGCCAUGGAUGAGGAGCUGGAACGGCUGCUGGCCCAGGUCCCAGGCCUGGUCAACUCGGCCCCUGCCAAUCCAGAGGCCGGCUGCCUGCCUUUCCGGACCCCUCCCAGGGUUGGCUCUCCCUGGAGACCCCUCCAUCACGCCCGCAAGGUGGACGCAGAGAGCGACGGUUCCACUGAAGAGACGGACGAGUCCGAGACUUGAGGAGUCUGAAGGGUCCUGUCCACAACGCCCGUGUAUCCAGCUCCCACCCAGCCCUUGGGACUCCCACCCAACCUCCUCCCCCACUCCUGUGCCAUGCUGCCCUCUGCUGGUGAAAAGCCUGAAUAACAGCCCAAGCCCAAAGACCAGCCAGAGGGGUUCCGGUGUCAUCAGCCAAGUCCAGCAGUGACCCUGAAAAGUAACAGCCUACUCUCCUUGGCCCUGUCAGUCUCUGCACUUUAGUCAGGACCCAAGCUGACAGCGGACUGAGCGGAGGCCA